GGCCAUCCCCGCGGCGCUGACACCUCCGAAGUGCGGCUGUCCCAGGGUCUUCCUGCCGUCAUGAAGGACGUACCUGGCUUUCUGCAGCAGAGCCAGAGCUCCGGGCCCGGCCAGGCCGCCGUGUGGCACCGUCUGGAGGAGCUCUACACGAAGAAGUUGUGGCAUCAACUGACACUUCAGGUGCUUGAUUUUGUGCAGGACCCAUGCUUUGCCCAAGGAGAUGGCCUCAUUAAGCUUUAUGAAAACUUCAUCAGUGAAUUUGAACACAGGGUGAAUCCUUUGUCCCUGGUAGAAAUCAUUCUUCAUGUAGUUAGACAGAUGACUGAUCCCAACGUGGCUCUUACUUUUCUGGAAAAGACUCGUGAAAAGGUGAAAAGCAGUGAUGAGGCAGUGAUCCUGUGUAAAACCGCAAUCGGAGCUCUGAAAUUAAACAUCGGGGACCUACAGGUUACAAAGGAGACAAUUGAAGACGUUGAAGAGAUGCUCAACAACCUCCCUGGCGUGACAUCAGUUCACAGUCGUUUCUACGAUCUCUCUAGUAAAUACUAUCAAACAAUCGGAAACCACGCAUCCUACUACAAAGAUGCUCUGCGGUUUCUAGGCUGUGUCGACAUCAAGGAUCUUCCAGUGUCUGAGCAGCAGGAGAGAGCUUUCACGCUGGGACUAGCAGGACUUCUUGGCGAGGGAGUUUUUAACUUUGGAGAACUCCUCAUGCACCCCGUGCUGGAAUCACUGAGGAACACCGACCGCCAGUGGCUGAUUGACACCCUUUAUGCCUUUAACAGUGGCAACGUAGAGAGAUUCCAGACCCUGAAGACCUCCUGGGGCCAGCAGCCUGACUUGGCAGCCAAUGAAGCCCAGCUUCUGAGGAAAAUUCAGCUGCUGUGCCUCAUGGAGAUGACUUUCACACGACCUGCCAAUCACAGACAACUCACUUUUGAAGAAAUUGCCAAAAGUGCUAAAAUCACCGUGAACGAGGUGGAGUUGCUGGUGAUGAAGGCGCUCUCAGUGGGGCUGGUGAAAGGCAGUAUUGAUGAAGUGGAUAAGCGGGUUCACAUGACCUGGGUGCAGCCCCGCGUGUUGGAUUUGCAACAGAUCGCGGGCAUGAAGGACCGCCUGGAGUUCUGGUGCACCGACGUCAGGAGCAUGGAGAUGCUGGUGGAGCACCAGGCCCACGACAUCCUCACCUAGCGCCCCCACCUGGCCCGUGUGUGGCAGCUGAGGCCAUCUGCAUUUAAUGGGGGUGGGGGGUGGGGUUGUGUUUGUGGAACGGGAACCGUUCUUCCUGCUGUGAGAACGGGACUGUCACCGAUGGGGUGCGCGGCCACAGAUGGAAGCCUCUUUUGUGGAGGUCUCCUGUAGCCCGCAGUGGGGAGGGGUCACCAGUCUCUGGUGACCAGGCAGGCGCGAGCGUGCACGUGCCCCGAGGAGCGAGAAGGCGCCACCCUGAGUGCGUGGGGACACCACUCAGAAGUUCGUCUCCAUCCCAUCCACCUGUGUGAAUAUCUCUGGUGUCGUUUGAGAAUGUUCCUGUAAUAAACGCACUUGUUUUGUCC